AUGGUUGUGUGGUUUGUACCUCGCCCAUUCCUGACACUUGGUUUUCUACCCGCCCACUCCCCCCCCGUCAACUCAGGUGGAAUCGACCAGAUGCGUCAGGCCGUCACUAUGGUGCUCGAUGUGAUCGCGAGCGACACACAAUCGGCCAGUUGUCCCAACAUCACAUACCUCGACGUGCAGGGCCCCGUGGCCAGCAUUUAUCCCACCGGCUCGCCCUACUCCAAUCCCGCGGCGUCCCUGCCCGGCCAAUUGAUGCUGGCCGCCAGUCCUCCGGGACCCGCGGCUGCCGGUCUGAGUCUGGCAUCGACGAACGCGGCCGCGGCUGCGGCGACGGCGACGGCGACGGCGACGGCCACUCUCCUCGCCGCCGGAGCUCAGCCAAUCGACGCCUACGCCUUCCAGAUGGGCCACGGCGGCUCGGCGAUGGGCGCCGCGAUGGCCGCAGCCGCGCAAAUGGCCCUCGCCGUGACCGGACAGAACGCCGCCACCGCGACUGCGUCCACGGCAACUGCCGCCGCCGCUGCCGCCGCUUGGAUGGCGAUCACGGGACAAGCGCACACUCCCUACCUCGCGCUGCCACACCAACUCACCACCGGCCACCUUCUCCACACUCACCAUCAGCAUCAACAUCACCAGCAACAACAACAGCACCAACAGCCGCCUCCGCCGCCGCUGCCGCCACCACCACUGUCCAUAUCGCUUCCACCGCAUCACCAACAUCAGCAUCAGCAUCAGCAUCAACAUCAACACCAACAUCAACACCAGCAGCAGCAACAACAACAAGCCAUCCAAACUGCUCUUCAGUUUGUGUAA